AUGACACUAAAGCACACGACUGCCAACAUGCCGACCCCAGAGACCGAAGCGCACCAAACAGGCAAAGCCGCACCAAAAGGUUUCUUUUCCCGCAUGCCCUCCAAACAAACCCAAGGCAUAGCCCUCAUCGCAGUCGGCGGCGCCCUAAUCCUCACCUCAAUCUACCCAUACCCCGUCAAGAGCCGCACAGGCAACACCUUCGAAACCACCUCAACCACCAACGUCCAAAACCGCUUCAUCGAAGCCGGCGCCAAAGACGACCACCAAGGCGCCGUAGCCACAUCUCGAACAUCGCAAGACGACGUGAGCACAGCGCGGGAAGGGGAGAAUAGAGCGGAUGCGAUGGCGAGAAUACAUUUGAAGGAGAGGCAGAUGAGUGUGGGGCAUGAGGAGAGUCAUCCGAAUGUGUGGAAAAAGGACGAUUCGGGCAAGGGAGGGAUCAAAGAUCCGACAAGACCUCCCACGGCGACGCAGCAGAGUUGGGGGGAGACGAAGACGGAGUAG